AUGGACCAAAAUAACCCAGUCCCAGGAGUGCAGAUCUUCCUUUUCUCCGACUCCGUUCAAAAGAUUCCCACCUGCCCGGCCGGCCCGGGCAGCUCUCCGCUGCCCGGAAAAACUCCGCUCUGCCACACCACCACGGCAGCGGACGGGCGGUUCUCGUUCCGCGAGCUGCCAUGUGGCGCGUUCUCAUUGGUCCCCCAGUACAAGGGCGAGGCAACGGUGUUUGAGAUGGCACCCAAGGAGAUGGCAGUGGCGGUGGGGCAUGCUGAUGCUGCUACAGCAGAGCCGUUCCAGGGAGAGGCAAUGGUGUUUGAGAUGGCGCCCAAGGAGAUGGGGGUGGCGGUGGGGCAUGCUGAUGCUGCUACAGCAGAGCCGUUCCAGGAGAUGGGGGUGGCGGUGGGGCAUGCUGACGCCGCUGCUGCUGCAGAGCCGCUCCAGCCUUCCUCCUCUCUCCCUCCCCUCUCCCUUCUCUCUUCCUCCCCUCUCCCUCCUCUCUCCCUCCUCUCUCCAUCUCUUUCCCUGCAUGGACGCUGGUUGUCCGUCCGCGGGUUCUCUGUAUCUGGACGCGUCGUGGACAUGGCAGGGGAGGGCGUGGAGGGAGCAACAGAGAGGAAUUGUAACUUCCCAGUAACCCUCGUCCUCUCUCCCCCCUCUCUCGCCCCUUCUCUUUCCCCCAGGUCUGCGGGUUCUCUGUAUCUGGACGCGUGGAGGACAGCGCAGGGGAGGGUGUGUGGAGGGAGCAACAGAGGAACUGUCUGCGGGUUCUCUGUAUCUGGACGCGUGGAGGACAGCGCAGGGGAGGGUGUGUGGAGGGAGCAACAGAGGAACUGUAACUUCCCAGUAACCCUCGUCCUCUCUCCCCCCUCUCUCGCCCCUUCUCUUUCCCCCAGGUCUGCGGGUUCUCUGUAUCUGGACGCGUGGAGGACAGCGCAGGGGAGGGUGUGUGGAGGGAGCAACAGAGGAACUGUCUGCGGGUUCUCUGUAUCUGGACGCGUGGAGGACAGCGCAGGGGAGGGUGUGUGGAGGGAGCAACAGAGGAACUGUAACUUCCCAGUAACCCUCGUCCUCUCUCCCCUCUCUCUCGCCCCUUCUCUUUCCCCCAGGUCUGCGGGUUCUCUGUAUCUGGACGCGUGGAGGACAGUGCAGGGGAGUGGAGGGAGCAACAGAGGAACUGUCCGCGGGUUCUCUGUAUCUGGACGCAUGGAGGACAGUGCAGGGGAGGGCGUGGAGGGAGCAACAGUGCUGCUCAACGGCCAGCCGCGCGCCGUCACAGACGCCCAGGGACAGUACAGCCUGCACCAGAUAACACCGGGCCAGUACGCCCUGUCCGCCACCAAAACCUCCACUUGCCAUCUGAUUCCAGUGCUUCCCUUACCCACCUGCCUCUCUUCCCCCAACAAGCAGGGUCAGUACAGCCUGCACCAGAUAACAUCAGGCCAGUACGCCCUGUCCGCCACCAAGCCGCGCUACGCCUUCACGCCCCUCCCCGCCCUCUCCAUCGUCCCCUCCGCCUCCCUCCUGCCCCCUCUCCGCGCCUCGCACUACGAGCUGUGUGUCGCCACGCUAUUGGACGACGGGUCGGCGUUCCAAGCGGGCGGCAGACAGGUGGCGCUGACUGGACGGGGAGGGGAGGAGGUGGUGCCUCAGGCGAAGAAGACGGAUGCUGAUGGGAGAGUGUGCUUUAUGUCGGCGUUCCAAGCGGGCGGCAGGCAGGUGGCGCUGACUGGAUGGGGAGGGGAGGAGGUGUCGCCGCAAGCCAAGAAGACAGAUGCAGAUGGGAAAGUGUGCCUCAUGCAUUCUACAAAAAACGGGAACCGAUGUGAAUGGGAGUGUGAAUGGGAGGAGGGUGUGUUUAGUGGUUCUCCCAGGUACCUACCAGCUCGCCCCCUUUUGCUCGCCCCCAACGUGCCACCAGCAGGGGCAGCAGCAGGGAUGUACCUCCUCCUCCUCGCCCCUUCACGUGAUAAAAGAGAGUUCUUGAGACCUCCCCCCCAGGCACCUAUCAGCUCGCCCGACACGUCGUACCAGUGGAGGCAGCAGCAGGGCCCGCCUUCCCCCCUUUCCUUCGCCACCGCUUUUGAGUCGACUCAAAAGCAGCAGGGCCCGCCUUCCCCCCUUUCCUUCGCCACCGCUUUUGAGUCGACUCAAAAGCAGCAGGGCCCGCCUUCCCCCCUUUCCUUCGCCACCGCUUUUGAGUCGACUCAAAAGCAGCAGGGCCCGCCUUCCCCCCUUUCCUUUGCCACCGCUUUACAUUCCUUUGUUGCUCCCCUGUCUUCCCUCCAGGUCCCUCCAGGCACCUAUCAGCUCGCCCCACACGUCCUACCGGCUGAGGCAGCAGCAGGGCUGGCCUUCGCCCCUGCCCUCGCCACCGUUACAGUCACAUCCAAGCCUGUCACAGGAGUCUCCUUCAACCAAUCGCAUCUCUCCGUUUCCGGCCGCGUGAUCUGCAUCGACGGCUGCGAUCGCUCCGUCCGAGUCUCCCUCGCUCGCAUCGGACCAUUGACGGGAUCUGCUGAUUCUGCUGCUGCUGCCGCUGCUGCUGCCGGCGCUGCUUCUCGAUCGGUUUUCUUGAAGGAGAAAGAUGGGUCGUUUCUGUUUGAGAAAGUGGUACCUGGGAAAUACAGAAUCGAGGCGUCCAAGCAGGCAUCCAAGCAGGUGAUUCAGGGGAGUGACAUGGCGGGCGACGAGUGGUGCUGGAAGACACAGUCCGCUGAUGUGGCGGUCUCCGAUUCGUCCGUGGUGGGCGUGGCGCUGGAGCAGAGCGGAUGGAGGGUGGAGAUCGACGCAGCGAUGGAGGAUACAGUCAGCAUGGUGCACGGGGAGACGGCCCUGCCUGCUGUCAAGCUCAAGAAGGGGCUGCAGCACGUGUGUGUGGCAGCCAGUGGCAGCUACAGCCUGCGCUUCCCUGACUCGUGCGUCAUGUACGGCGAGGAGGGUGUUUACUACCACACGCAGGAGGUGAAGGUGAUUCGUCUGCGCCCAUCAGCCUACAGGGUCUCAGGGCUAGUCCGAGUGAACGCCUCCCUCUUCCCCUCUGCAGCCUCCGUCGCCCCCCACGCCUCUGCCCGCCUCUUCAGCCCCACCAACGGCUCCCUGCUCUCCCGCACGCCUCUCUCCCUCGUCUCUGCCCCCAAUGCCACACACCCGGUGGCGGUGUAUGCGCAAGAGCAUUGGGUGGCAGGAGGGGGAGAGCUGCUGCUGGGGUGGUAUCACGAUGGAGGGGUGGGAGAUGAUGGAUCGACCCUGGAUGAUGUUGCUGAUGCCCUCAAAAGCGCGCACAUUUCUACAUUGGAGCGAGAGGAGCCCCCGCCAAAGGCAGAUGCCUCGCCGGUCUUCCCGCCUCCCAGGCGCCUGCUCUUCUACCCGCGCUCUCUCAAGGUGCAAGUGGCUCCCCUGCAGUGUCCCCCUCCCCUGCCUACCGUCGACGCUCGCCGCGGCCUUUACCUCACAGGCUGGCUGUUCCCCCCUCUGCCACGUGUCAACGUGUCAGUGGUCGCUGACGCUGACAGUGCGAACGCGGGAUGGCAGAAGGGGCAGAUGGUGAUGUGGGCUGAGACUGUGGGGCGGGUGAGGGGGGUGGAAGGGGAGGGGAGUGCGGAGGGGAGUGCGGAGGGGAGUGGGGAGAGGAGGCAGCAUGGAGGGGUGGAAGGGGAGAUGUUUGUGGUGGGGCCGUUGAACGACGACGCCACUUACCAUGUGGAGCUGCAAAAGACUGGCUACGUUUUCAAGGCGCUAGGAGACAACUCGUUUGAAGCACAAAAGCUCGCUUCAAUCACCGUCAAAAUCGCCACGUCAGCAGAAAUUUCCACGGCCAAUGAGCCGCUGCCAUCUGUCCUCCUCUCACUCACCGGAGACGCCAGCUUUAGGCGCAAUGAGGCGACAUCACCCGGGCAAAAUGUUUUCGCAUUCGAGGGUUUGUUUCCGGGCAGCUACUACCUGCGGCCGGUGCUGAAGGAGUAUGAGUUUUCGCCGGCUGCCCGCCCAAUCAAUUUGCAGUCCGGGCAGGAGGUGGACGUGGCGUUCACUGCAAAGAGAGUUGCCUUCAGUGUGCUGGGUUCGGUGCAUUCUUUGUCAGGAGCGCCACAGGCAGGCGUGCAGGUGGAGGCGAGGGAGGUGGUAUCUGGGGGAGGCGGAUCACAGUCAUCUCACUACGAGAUGGCUGUCACAAACGAGGAUGGGGAGUACAGGCUGAGAGGGCUGCGGCCGGGUGGGUCUUAUCUGGUGGAGGUGGCAGUGAGGGCAGGUGCUGCUAAGGACUCCACCUCACUCCCUCGAUUCGAGCGUGCAUCACCGAACCAGGCUCUGCUGACAAUCACAGGCGAUGUCCCAGACGUCAACUUUGUGGUCUUCAACUCGCCCCCGGGUGUGACUAUAACGGGGGCAGUGAGCGGCAGAGACACAGCCAAGUGGUUGCCGAACCUCUUUGUCGAUCUCUUCCCGAGCGUGACUGUACCCGCAAGUGACAAUAACGAGGGGACUGGUACGAGCAGCAGCAGCAGCAGCACCAAUGGCGCGGCAGCAGGAGCAGAUGGAAGCUUCGAGGAAGCUUCCACUCUCCUCGUCUUCUCUUCCACUCCCAUUCGCUCCAUCCCCAUCCCGCUCUCGCGAUUCUUCGAGUUUCGCGACCUGCCCAGGGGCAUGUACCUCGUGAAACUGCGUCUCGGGCUGCCCGGAAAAUCUCACGUGUUUGAGAGCGAGGGCAGGGAGGUGGAUGUGAGGGAGGCGGUAACAGCUCAUGCGGGGACGCUGCGUUUCCGGGCCGAGGAGCGUAGAUCAAAUGAGGACCUUGCACCAACCCCCCUUCUCCCAGUGCUGCUUGCAAUUGCAGUCAUCUCGGUUGUUGCAUCUCUGCCCAAGCUGCAGCAAUUGGCUGCAGGAGUGGCAGCCACUGGGGGUACGACACCUGGCUCAGCAGCUGGCGACAGCUCAGCAGCACCAGGCGCUGCUGGUGGGUGGGGAGCCUCCGGCGCAGAUUCCCGUGGGAAGAAUGAGGUCCGGAAGCCUCAUGUACGCCGGCGAGCAUAA